ACCAAGGGUCAGAAGUCAUUUCUACACAAAACUGAGCCUUGCCUAGGAGAACAUUCCCCUGCAGAGUCCCAUGGUUCAGAAACCAAUGCUAUCUUUUGUGAUCUCUGUAUGUACUCAGAGGUGCUUUCUGUUCCUAUGCCUUUCAGCAGACUCAUCUGCUUCUGUCAUUAUAGAGAUGAUCCUAAAGUACAUCAUGAUUCACACCAACUUCACCAUCUUCCACCCUGCAGUUUUCGUCCUUCUGGGCAUCCCUGGGUUGGAAGCUUAUCAUGUUUGGCUGUCAAUACCCUUCUGCCUCAUGUAUAUCACUGCAGUUCUGGGCAACAGUAUCCUGAUAAUGGUCAUCAUCACAGAACGUAACCUUCAUGAGCCCAUGUACUUCUUCCUCUCCAUGCUGGCCAUCACGGACAUCCUGCUGUCCACCACUACUGUCCCCAAGGCCCUAGCCAUCUUUUGGCUCCAUGCUCAUGACAUUGCCUUUGAUGCCUGUGUCACCCAAGUUUUCUUUGUCCACAUGAUGUUUGUGGGGGAGUCAGCCAUCCUAUUAGCCAUGGCCUUUGACCGGUUUGUGGCCAUCUGUAUCCCCCUGCAUUACAAGACAAUGCUAACAUGGCCUGUGGUGGGAAGGAUUGCUGUGGCCAUUGUCACUCGAAGUUUCUGUAUCAUCUUUCCGGUGAUCUUCUUGUUGAAUAGACUGCCUUUCUGCCAGACCAAUAUCAUCCCCCACUCCUAUUGUGAGCAUAUUGGAGUGGCCCGCUUGGCCUGUGCUGACAUCACCAUUAACAUCUGGUACGGCUUCUCAGUGCCCAUUGUCAUGGUCAUCUUGGACGUGAUCCUCAUUGCGGUGUCAUACUCACUGAUCCUCCGAGCAGUGUUUCGUUUGCCCUCCCAGGAUGCUCGGCACAAGGCCCUCAGCACCUGUGGUUCCCAUCUCUGUGUCAUCCUCAUGUUUUAUGUCCCCUCCUUCUUUACGUUAUUGACCCAUCGCUUUGGACAUAACAUACCUCGGCAUGUCCAUAUCCUGCUAGCCAAUCUUUAUGUGGUGGUGCCACCAAUGCUCAACCCCAUUGUCUAUGGCGUAAAGACUAAGCAAAUCCGGGACGGGGUGGUCCACCGGUUCUUUGAUAUUAUGGCUUGGUGCUCUGCUUCCUCUCUGGGCUAAUGGCUUCCUUUGAAUCCUCACUCCCAGCUUUAUCAAGGAAACUAGGUGUGAAGCAUAGAGAUUUCCUGGACUGAGAGAGCUUUUCCUUCCCUUCCUCUUCCUUUUUCUUCAUCUUCCUUCUGGUUUUUCCAGACACUCCAAGCCUCUUUGUACAUCUACUGAAUCUUGUGCAGAUCUCAAAAUGUAUGUACUGAGUUAUUAUGGGUUUUUAUUUGUACCCCUAAUUGAUUGUAAACUCUUUGAAAUCAGAAGAGUGUGUGUCACUCAUAUUUGUAUGCUCAGUACUUCACAAAAUUCC